UGGAAGCGCUUCCGGAGAUUACGUUAUAGAGCACACCAAUUAGCGCGUUCCUUACUGCGCAACUGCACCUGGAUAUUGGCCAAUGAGAGGUCGGCCUCAUUUUCCUCCGGACUUGGGACAGUGGCAGUCAUGGCGCCACCCGUGAGGUACUGCAUCCCCGGCGAACGUUUGUGUAACUUGGAGGAGGGCAGCCCGGGCAGCGGCACCUACACCCGGCACGGCUACAUCUUCUCGUCGCUUGCUGGCUGCUUGACAAAGAGCAGCGAGAACGGCGCGCUUCCUGUCAUAUCUGUGAUGAGAGAAACAGAAUCCCAGUUACUGCCAGAUGUAGGAGCUAUUGUAACCUGUAAGGUCUCCAGCAUCAAUUCACGCUUUGCCAAAGUACACAUCCUAUAUGUGGGGUCCACGCCACUUAAGAACUCUUUUCGAGGAACCAUCCGCAAAGAAGACGUCCGAGCUACUGAAAAAGACAAGGUUGAAAUUUACAAGAGUUUCCGCCCAGGGGACAUCGUCUUGGCCAAAGUGAUCUCCCUAGGUGAUGCACAGUCCAACUACCUGCUAACCACAGCCGAAAAUGAGCUGGGAGUGGUGGUGGCCCACAGCGAAUCGGGUGUCCAGAUGGUCCCCAUCAGCUGGUGUGAGAUGCAAUGCCCGAAGACCCACACCAAAGAAUUCCGGAAGGUGGCCCGAGUACAGCCUGAGUUCCUGCAGACCUAAGAAGCCACUUUUCCCAUGCAGAGGGGAAGCUGUUUUCCAAGAGUAUAUGUGUGAGUGACAUCAGGAGGCUGUUGUCUUUAUUCAGACACCAGGGGUUGGUCAGCAGCCACCUUUAGAAAAAUCUUUUCUGUAGGUGGAACAUUUUUCUUGUGAAACUUUCAGCAGAUUUUAUUCUCUGGAGUAAUUUCUUUUGGAGGCACCAGCAAACAAACUAUGAUGGUAGAUUAUAGCCUGUUCUUUGAGUGUUACAAAUGUGUAUUUUUGCUAUGACAAAGAAAACAUUUUUAUGAAAAGAAUUUUAGUUUCUGUUGUCUCAAGUAGGGUAAAGAAUCUAAACUGACAUGACAUCUAGAGCAGAGUCUUUGUAGACAAUGCCUAAUCACCUAUCUUUUUUUGUAUUUUUUAUGUUCUACAUACUUUUGAGUACUUGCUAUGUGUCAGGCAUGGGUAAAGUCUUCCUUGGAUUACUGUGCACAGGAGAUAAAAAGCUAACUUGGAAAGCAAGAUGCUUAAAUUUUAGAAUAAGGACCUUGACAACAUUUAUACUGGAUCCCAAUACUUAGUAGUGUACCUUCUGACAAGUUUCUAUUUUCAGCAUGUAUCCUCUUCCGUAAACCAUUAGCCCUUUCAGAGGUUAUCAGGAUUGAAGAUUAUGUAUAUAACAUGCCUAACCCAAUGGCUAGCAUAAAGCGCUUAAGAAUUUUCUAGAUGGAGGGUGUUACUUGUUCCUACUAGAAGAGAAAGGCAUUAUGGGCUUUCUCAUAUUCCAGUGAUCUUCUCAAAGGCCUCAGAGAAAAGGUAAAUGUGAGCAAUGCCCCUUCCCAAUUAUGUAGAUAAUUAGUUAGUCCUCCCUAUUCAUGGCUGUGAAACCCAUGAAUAGAGAGCCCUCUGUACUAUGCCAUCUUGCAUUAAGCACUUUAGCAUCUGUUAAUUUUGAAAUGUUUGUUUUGGCUGUGCUGGGUCUUAGUUGCUCUUCACUGUGGCAUGCAGACUCAGCUGCAUGCAUAUGGGAUCUAGUUCCCUGACCAGGGAUCCAACCCAAGCCCCCUGCAUUGGGAGCAGUCUUAGCCACUGGACCAAGGAAGUCCCUAGCAUCUGUUAAUUUUAAUAUCCAGAGGAGUCCUGGAAUCAGACUCCCCUCUGCAGAUAAGGGAUGACUAUAUAUUCAUUUUCUCCUGCAAGUGUAAUUUCUGAGGUUAGUUAACUGACAGGGAUAAAACUUUAGGGGCCAAAAGGAAAGGUGUGAAUCAAGUUUACAGUUUACUAAUAGAAAGGGACUGGCUUUUUUUAAGUCUAGUAAACAAACUUUUACCUUUCUAAAGAAGGUAUAAUAGUUUCAGAAUUUGAUUUUAGUAACCAGUACCAUUGAGCAAGAACUGUAGAGACAACAGGAAAGAGUUCAGCUCUCCAACCUGCAGUGGAGAACCCAGUGAGAUACAUGGUAUUUGGACCAGGUUGUGUAAAGUUGUGACUGGCUGUCCUAAAGCUCUUAGUCAUACACGAACUUGGGCAGUGAGAGACAUUUCAAGUUGAAUGUUCGAGUUGGUUUCCUCAGAUAAGACAUAUCACACAGAAAAUAUUGCACAUCACUCCUUUAUUUUAUACUGAUCUGGAAAAAAGUUUUAGUACAGUUAUGCUCAAAUGAGUACUGGGCCCAAGUGCUGGGCCAAGCAACUGGAACAUGAUUCAGAAGUCAGGCACAGUGAGAGACACACUUGGACAUGAUCAAGAGGCAUUCCGCUGCCAUAAAACAGUAAGGCAGGGGAGGGAUUCUAAAACACACAGCAGGAUGAACUCCUACACCUUAGAAGUCAAGGAGCUUAUCCCAUGAUGGUGUAAGGAAUGACUUAUUUGCUGAUGACCACAUGUGGGAAUAUUUCAACCGCCACUAAAAACCCCAGAAGGGGUUUUUUUUUUUUGUAUUUAUAUAUAAUUUUUUGUUUUUGUUUUUUAAGUAAAUGCAACACAAAAACAUUCAGGAUUGAUCCAGCCUUUUAGAGUCAGGGAGGAAUGUUUGAU